AUGAAGAAACUACCAAGUGGUUCCGGAUGUGCGACUACGAACACAGACGGCUCGAAUACUAAUGGCAAUGGUACACAGGAAGCCGAAAGCUGUACGAAUAGCGUCUUUCUUUCAGCAUCAGCGAGUCAGCAGUAUCAUAAUUUACCUGUAGCAGUAGCUGUGCCAAUGACGGGGAUCGCCUCGUCGUCUGCCUCGAGUCCUGACUCCAUACGCGGCGCUGGCUCCGCGUCUCGUCGAAAAACAGCACACAAUUUCUCAUUUCGUUCACUGACGGGAUCGACUUUUCUUCGUCUUGCUGAUUAUGCAGGCAAACCAAUUCUCAUUGUAAACGUGGCGUCACAUUGUAACUCGACCACGAAAGCGUACUUACAGCUGAAUGAAUUGGCCAAGCGCUUUCCGGAUCUCGUGGUCAUUGGUUGUCCUUGUAACCAAUUUGGUCAUCAGGAGAAUCUCAAUGGAGAGGAAAUCUACCAGAGUUUGAGAUACGUUCGCCCCGGUAAAGGCUUUGAACCAGUUUUCAAGCUCACGGAGAAGGUGGAAGUCAAUGGUGCCAAUGCGCACGCACUGUUUAAUUUUUUGAAAAUUGCACUGCCAUUUCCGUGUGAUCGUACACUACUGGAUGAAAUGUCCACUCCCAGUGGCGUCUUUUCGCAUCCAAUGCGACUUAUUUGGAUGCCCGUCACGCGCGCAGACGUGAGCUGGAACUUUGAAAAGUUUCUCAUUAGCCCCGAUGGCACGCCAUAUAAACGCUACAGCCCCAAGUUGGAUUUUACCGGCAUGACCGAAGACAUUAAGUUUCUGUGCAAACUGGAUGCAUCAUCGACCGAGAAACAGAUCUAA